AUGGCUUCAUUUGACGGGGCAGCGCUGGUGAAAUUGACCGCCAAGAUUGACCAGAAGUUAUCUGAAAAGGACAUCAGCGACAAGAAGAAGCAAAAGCAGGCCAAGUCCCCGCAGGCGACGCCAAACUUGAAGCGGAAACAACCUGAAGAGAAACCUGACGAGAAGAAAGUUGAGCGACCAGCAAAGAAGAAUAAGAAGGAUAGGAAACCGGCGCAGGAUGACAGGAACGGCAAGGCCAAACCCCCAAAACCAAGUGCGAAGCCCGCCUCCAGUGCACUUCUCGACGAAAUCAAAGCAUUAGGCGGCGACGAGAAAGACCUGGAGCUCGUCGGAGAUAUCGACUCCGAAGAUGAAACGCUGGGCCAACAGGAUGGCAAGAGAAAAGCCGAUAAAGGUCUAGCUGCGGAAUUGGCAAAGUUUGCCUCUGAACUCGGCUUUGAGAAGGUGCAGCCGGAGGAGGAAGAUGAAGAAGAUGAAGAAGAAGGAGAAGAAGAAGAAGAAGAAGAAGAAUGGGAAGAAGCUGCAUCUGAGGAAGACGAGGCGGAAGAGGAAGAGAAAGCUGCUGAUUUUAUCCCGAAAGGCAAGCGGAAAACGAUAUUCGAACCUCGUCCUGACUGGCAUGCUGUACAAUUGAAGGCCCUGCCUGAGCCAACUGACGACAAAGUUGCACCUUAUAUGUCCGCGAUAGCGAGCCUCAAAGAAUAUGCGAAGACUCUCCUGGAAGAGGACAGCGCCGCCUACAAGGCAACCUUGUCUGCUUCCUCCUCGCAUAGGUUCAUGUCGACUAUCAUGUCUUCAGGAACAGUCUCUGAUAGAACGUCUGCGUUGACUUUGGCCAUCAUGGAAUCACCUGUACACAGCAUACGACCCUUGGAGAAUUUGAUGGCUCUUGCUGCCAAGCGAAGCCGUGGCCAAGCUUUGUCAGCUUCGGCUGCCCUGGUAGAUCUGCUUGGGCCUGGAGCGAUCCUGCCGUCGGAUAGACGCUUGCGCCAAUUUUCCGCCCAGGCUGGCCUGGUCGGGACGCUCCAGAAGUUUGGCGUUAAAUCCUGGUCUGUAGACCAAGCGAUUCCGGGCAAGAUUACCAAAGAACAUUUGAUAUUGUGGGCAUUCGAGGACUGGCUCAAGGAGUCUUACUUCAAGAUCAUCCAGUCACUCGAAGUCUGGUGUGAUGAUGAAGUCGAGUACUCCCGCUCCAAGUCUCUCGACAUGGUCUAUGCCUUGUUGAAGGACAAGCCCGAGCAAGAGUCGAAUCUGCUGAGGCUGCUCGUCAACAAGCUUGGGGAUCGUGAAAGGAAGAUUGCAUCAAGAGCUUCUUACCUGUUGUUACAGCUUCUCAAUGUACAUCCAGGGAUGAAGGCAGUUGUCGUCCGAGCGGUGGAGCAGGAAAUCAUAUUCCGCCCUGGCCAGAACAUUCGGCCCAAAUACUACGCCGUCAAUACCCUGAACCAGACCAUCUUGAGCAAUAAAGAGCCGCAAGUGGCAGAUGCUCUUCUGCGGAUCUACUUUGGCAUGUUUGUGUCUCUGCUGAAGACUGGGGCUCUCGGCCAGGUCGAGGGACCGUCCACUGACCCAAAGUCUGCGAAAUCGGAUAAACGUAAGCGUCGCCGCGAAGCCCCUCCGGCAAAGAAGGGCGAAGAAUCAAAAAAGGGUGAUGACUCGAAUCAAAAUGAUCAGGGCGAGCGCGAGUCGGCCGAGAAGCUUGUCGCAGCUAUCCUGACGGGUAUCAACCGAGCUGUUCCCUUUUCCCAAGCAGAUCAAUCGACGCUUGAGUCGCACUUGGAUACCCUAUUCCGCAUCACCCAUUCAUCCAAUUUCAACACCAGCAUACAGGCCCUGAUGUUGAUUCAACAAUUGUCUUCAACUCGCCACCUUGUCGUAGAACGCUUCUACAGGACUCUAUACGAAUCUCUUCUAGAUCCUCGGCUAGCAACAUCGUCCAAGCAAGCUCUGUACCUCAACCUGCUUUACCGGAGUCUCAAGUCUGACGUCGAUGUCCGUCGGGUUAAGGCUUUUGUGAAGAGAAUGCUGCAAAUUCUGAAUAUCCAUCAGCCUUCGUUCAUCUGCGGUAUCCUUUACCUCAUUCUUGAGCUUGGAGUUGCUUUCCCAGACCUGAAGACCCUCUUGAAUGACCCCGAGGAGCACGAUGAGGAGGUUGGGGAUGCGACAGAUGCACCGGAUGAGGAUACGCCAAUGAUGGACGACUCGACUACGGAGCCCUUCAAGCCGAAAGACGCAUAUGACGGCCGAAAGCGAGACCCGGAGUAUAGCAAUGCGCAUCUCAGCUGCUUGUGGGAAUUGUUGCCAUUCUUGCGACAUUUUCAUCCCUCGGUUGAUCUUUACGCUACUAGUGUACUGCAGGGGCAGAAGCCCGCACAAAAGCCGGAGCUGGCCAACCACACCUUGAUACACUUCCUUGACAAGUUUGUCUACCGCAAUCCGAAGGCUAAUGACGGAUCAAAAGGUGCCUCAAUCAUGCAGCCGGUUGCAGCAAGUGGGCAGGGCAGUGUCUUGGUUUCUGGCAAGCCAACUGCUAAGUCGGCUAUGUCUGUGAAUACGGCAUCGUUCUGGAACAAGAAGGCGGCCGAAGUAGCUGUGGACGAUGUAUUCUUCCACGAAUACUUCAGCCAGAUCGGCAAGCCAGGGCAGAUCGAACGUGCCACCAAAGCCAAGGCUGAGGAAAUUGAUGAUGACGACUCAGAGGCAGGCGAAGAUGAGAUCUGGGAAGCACUCAAAUCCUCACGACCGGAAGUCAACGGAGACUCAGACAGCGAUGAUCUCGGAUCCGAGUUUGGUGAGCUCAUGGGCGACGAUGGCUCGGAUGCAAGCCUUGACGAUGAUUUGAACAUGGGUGGUGACUCCGAUGGCAGUGCUCUCGACUUCUCCGACGCGUCUUCACUGGACUUCAGUGAUGAGGAUGAAGACGAAGAGGGAGGCGCAGCCACAGCAGAGACUACAGACGGAAAGCCCGAAUCUGAGCAGAGGAAGAGGAAGAAGAUGCUCAAGGGGCUGCCAACAUUUGCGUCGGCCGACGAUUAUGCUGCGAUGUUGGAGCAGGAAGAAAAUGGGCUCGAGCAGUAA